AUGAGGAAAAUUAUAACAACAGCAACUUCAGUCAGUCGAACCCGAGUCAAAGAUAGUGUUGAGCGGUUGAGCACUCAACCAUGUCUCGUGGAUGAUCCGCUUGACAUAACGGAAAACGCUGAUGACGAAGCGCGUGAAACGAAUGCAUUCGAAGACUUACUCGAAAGAGUGAGGAAGAGAGAUGCAUAUCGGGGCCGUUAUACGAGGGGAACAGCAACUUCAGUUGAACUCGAGUCCUCAAAUGUAGAGCGGUCGAGCACUCAACCAUCUCGCGUGGAUGAUCCGCUUGACAUAACGGAAAACCCUGAUGACGAAGCGUGUGCAACGAAUGCAUUCGAAGACUUACUCGAAAGAGUGAGGAAGAGACAAUACGAGGCGUGA